AUGAACGGAGGUGUACCCCCUUCACCAAUGACACCUUUAGAUAUGAGUUAUGGUCAGUCAAUGUUGCCAUCGAAUUUGUUUGUUAGUACGCCAUAUUUCACCCCACCACCAUCAGCUCAAUACUUUCCACCGAUAUCUCACCAUUCAUCACUCCGCAACUCACAAGUUUCUUUAGCAAACUCACAUGGGUCAUAUUCAAGGAGUCGCAAUAGGGGCCAUCAACAUCGUAAUAAUAGCAGUCAGCACCACCAGGAACAUCACCCGGAACAUCCCCAGCACCAGUAUCAGCACCAGAAUGUUCAUGAGCAUGGGCAAGAUGCUGCCCAGAAGAUUACAAAUGGCACUUCAACUCACAACCCAACUAGUCAAAUCAAUGGCUCAGCUCCUGUAUCAGAACAUAAUCUCGAGCAUUUGAAUCUUUCGAGAACGGUUAUUUUGCGAAAUAUUGCUGAUGAUAUGACAUUACAUGAUUUGUUGGACCAUAUUGAUUUUGGUCCUAUUGAAUAUGUCAAAUUGUUCACCAAAACUCCACCACGUUCUCUUGACAACAAUGGCUCAAACGACAUCAAAUCAAACAAAAACUGCACAAUAUCAUUUAUCAAUUCCAAAACAUCAGUGAUGUUUUACUUGAAAUAUGCCAAAAACUCAUCAAACUUAAACAAGUUGAGGCUGUCUUUGCGAUCGCAACAUUUGAAAAUUACACUUUGUGACAUGAACAAACCCCAAUAUGCUAAUGCCCCUCCCAAACAAGAUUAUAUCAAAUUGAAAAAUUUAAACUACAUUAUUGACCAUAAAGCAACGCGAUGUUUGAAAAUCUCAUUCAGUAUUAAGGAUGUAUUGCUGGACGACACAACUGCUGAUGCUAGAUUAACCCACUUGAAACACUAUAUUUCAACUCAAUGCGAGAAGUUUGGUGACGUUGAAAGCUUUGAAAUUGAGUUGGAUAUACCGGGGAAGGAUGAAGAAGGAGAUGUUGCGGGUGACGACUCAAAGAUGACACUUUUAGGCGCAGCUACAGUUCAUUUCACUUCGAUUGAUGCUUCAGUAAAAACUUAUGAAGACUAUAACAAGAGGAUCGUCCAUGACUCGGAAAAAAGACGCGGUGGUGCUGGUUGUGAUGGCGAAGUUGACACCAUCACCAAAAAGAAACGUGAUUCAUCAAAUGAUUUAUAUGAUGUCAACUCCAAGUAUGGUAUUCAUUUUAUCCUGGCAAUUUUCCAUAAUGACAGGUGCGAUAAAACACUCGUUGAAUAUAGACAUGAACUUGAAGACAACCAACCACCUCCUACAGAGGGAAACGGAAGACUGAUGAAGAAGAGUUUUACGGAAAAUGGAAGUUGCGGACUAAUUGCAGAGGAGGGUCCAUUGGGCAACAGUUCUGAAGUUGGUAGUAUUAUUGACUCUCCAGAACAGCAGCCACCACCAGCCGACGUGCAUAUAAUUGACCCUGUUAGUCCCAAUUCUUCUGACAUUGAAAAUGCAUCACCCAUCAUUUGUGACACUUAUGCAUUGUCAUCUGGUGACCCUUGCAAUGAACACGAAGCGCAUGCACAAGCUUCAAUUGCUAGUAAUGGUGUUUAUUCAAUGAUAUCGUCUGAUGCAAGACAAUUGAAUGCAACGCCGCAGUUUGUACAUAUUCCAUUCACGACAGACUCGCCGUUUGGGUUACAUUCCAACUCGUCAUUUGUGUCAAAUUACAAUCCAGAUCCCAUCAAUACUGGUAACAGGGCAAUACACUUGGGCAAUUUGCAUCCUCAUACAACAAUUGAGGAAAUUGCAAACAAUUUAAGGGCAGGAGGCUUGGUUGAGUCAAUAAAUCAUUUUCCAGAAAGAAGAAUGUGCUUUGUUACAUUUGUUGAUGCCAAUAUUGCGUUUAAAUUCUUUAUGAAUCAUCAAGUAUUGCACCAAUUGGUUAUCCACGGAACAGAUGUUAGCGUCGGGUGGGCAAAAAAGCAUAGCGGUCCAGUACUGAGAGAAAUUGCCCUUGCUGUAACUGCAGGGGCUUCAAGAAAUGUUUACCUAGGACUUCGAAAUGGUCAAGUUGAAGAUGAAACUACACGCAAGCCAAUUAUACCAAGCGAAGAUGAGUUGAGACUGGACUUUUCGCGUAUUGGUGGAUUAGAGCAAAUCAACUUUUACCACAAUAAAGAAUGUGCGUUUUUAAAUUUCUUGAACAUUUCAGAUGCCAUCAAGGUUGUACAUGCAUUUGAGUGCGAGGAGCCCAUUGCAGUAAUCAAUUUGACCAAACUGCUUCGUGGUGAUCAAGCAGCGGCAACUGCACUUUAUCAAAAGUAUAAACUUUUCAAGGUUAACUUUGGAAAAGAUCGAUGUGGAAACCCACCAAAGUUUUCUUUUAGAAAAAAUUUUGACAAAAGCUUAGGCUCUACAUAUCAUCAAUACCAGGACCAAUUACAUGCUUGUGUGGGGAAAUCAAAGAAAGGCAAAAAGAGUGGAAAUAACAAACAGGUUAAUGACCGUGAUGAUGAUUUAAAACGAGAACAAUUGGACCAACGGGAAGGUGUUAUUGACGACGAAGCGGCUAAGGUUUUUGGAAUCAUCAAGGAAUCAGAAAAGAAUACCGUUGAAUCGGUUGGGGAUGAUGAUAAGCACAAAGAGUUGUUACAAGAUUCGGGGGUCAUUGAUGAAGAGGCAAGAGUGGAGGUGGCUGAUUCUCCCGACGCAGAUGUGACACAAGCGCCAAAAAUGGGUCAACACAAGGUCACCGAAAUUAAAGAGCAUUCAAAUGGCGAUGCAGGGCAAUCACCAGUUGUUGUUGAUGUAGCAGAAGAGAAUGAGGAGGGCGAAGAGGAAUACGAGGACGAUGAUGACGAUGAAGACGUAUCCAUUAUCAUUGGCUCUGAUGACACUGUUUCCACCAAUGCUAGUGGCAAGUAUGACAGUUUUAAUGACACUUUUGGCUACAAGGCCCACAGACUGGAGGAUAGACGUCAAAAAGUUUAUCAUCAACCUUACUAUCAUGACCAUGCAAGUUGGAAUGGAAGAGGAUCAAGAAACUCGUCGGCGAUGUCAAUCAAUAAUGGAGUUAUGAUGCAUCCAUACGCGCAGUAUGCGUCACCCCAGUUCAAUCAUCAUCCGUCUCUCAUGAGUCAUACAAGCUCUACAAGCAGUUUCCAAGCAUAUCAACCAUCACCAAAGUCUAGAAAUGGCUCAUUUCAUCACCAUCAAACUCAUUUGGCUGGCCCUUAUCAACAACAAAUGUAUGCAAUUCCGCAACUGCCACAAUUAGUUGGGCAGUUUGCUCCACCACCACAUGUGAGGUAUGUUCCAGUAAUCCAAGGCCAGCAAGUCAUGCCUACUGCGAUGCCAACGCAAAUGCCCCCCGGUUCCAUGGGUAAUGGCAUGUGUGGCUCUUCAGGUUCUCAAGUUAUGGCACAAUAUUUGGCACAGGCACAGCAAGGUGCUGCUCCAGCAAUGUGUACCGGGCCAGUAUACGCUGUUCCUCAUGCAAGCUACAAUUACCAUGGCCCACGCAACAAACUGAAAAACAGAAAGGGAACUGACGAACAAUAA